AUGCCCCGCCCGUACGCCUGGAACCUGCUCUGCAGCGGUGUUUCGGCCGAAGACGCCGCUCUCCUUCUCCAAGGAAUGAAAACGUGGAAGACUGUCAAGAGCCAGCUAAUGUCGUGCGCGGCUUGCAGCAGCGGCACUCCGCACUCUAUGCGCUACAAGGUGCUGCGCUGUGCCUGCAAGCACUGCACGGACGCAGUUCCCUACCUGGGCUGCCCGUGGCGGCUGAAGCUGCACGUCUGCCAGGAGACCGACGUCGUCGACAUGCACGAGCUGGGCGAGCACCAUUCGCGCGCUCGAACGCCGUCCAAGUCGUGCAUCACGCCGCAGCAGCGCGACUUCAUCAAGGAGAUGGCCCGUGAAAACCUGAUGCCGCUACGCAUCCGACACUCUUUGGGACGCAAGUUUGGUCUCCGUCCUGCCGCGCUACCCAGCCUGCGCUCAGUGCAAAACAUUGUGCACCACUUUCGUCGAACGCGGCUGGGCGGCAACGACAAGCGCAAGGCGAUUGUGGAGGCCGUGCGGGCCUCCGCAUUUAGUGGACGAGAAGGCGACCACGACGCCUUUACGUUCACUAAUGCGUACGAUACCUCUGGUCUCCCCGAGAUUGGAAACGGCUCAGAUGCUCGGCCGUUCUUGGUCGGCAUGACCACCAAGGCACUCCUGCGCAACGCCGCGCGGGACGCGAGCACCUUUGUGCUGCACCUUGACGCUACGUUCAAACUGAACAGCGUCGGUUACCCGGUGCUUGUCUGCGGCAUCACCGACGCCACCAGAGCCUUCCACCUGGUGGUGCUCUUCAUCACGUCGCAGCUCCAGUACGAGCACAUUGAAGCCGCGCUCGUUGCGUUGCGCCGCGUGUAUGCUCGGGUCAACGGCGCCGAGUGGCAGGUGAAAUUCGUUCUUGGAGACGCAGACAAGGCACAACACAAAGCCUUCCGCAGUGUCUUCGCCGACUGCUCAUUUACGUACCUCAUGUGCUUCUACCACGUAGUGGCAAAGCUGCGCGAGAGGACUCGCGGAUUGAGCUCGGAGCUCUCUACAUCAGUGUACAAGGGCGUCUACGACUUGCACUUCGCGCAGAGCAAGAGCGAGUACGUGGACCAGAAGGCGACCAUGCUUAAGGAGUGGGCUGGGCACGCAGACCUCGCCGCCUUCGCCACGUACAUGAAGUCCCAGUAA